CCAGGGAAGAAGAAGAACAACAACAACAAGAAGAAGAAGACGUGAAAGGGCAGUGAGUACCACUAGGCAACAGUAUACAGCAGUAAGCAUUGUAGAAGACAUCCGCCAAACAAGCUGAGCAAAUAUUAUCUGCAGCCUAAUGUGUCGGGAAUAACUAAGUUUAGAUAUGACUAGGAUUUUAAGGCAGAUGUGGACCGAGUGACACCCCUGUCAUUAGUCACGCAGUGCAUUCAUGUGUAUAAUUUUCUUAAAGUUUGACCCCCGGCCUGCAUCCAAAAACGCCUACAGGCUAAUAUUGGCUGCAAACAGAGAUGAGUUGUACAACAGGCCAUCCAAAGCUGCAGACUUCUGGAGGACCAACAGUGAGAUCCUCAGUGGCCUGGACCUAGAAGCUGGUAAGGAAGGAGGAUCGUGGCUGGGGAUCACCAAGCGGGGCAAGCUAGCUGCAAUCACCAACUACAUGGAAGGACGUCCCAACCCUGAUGCACAAGGAAGAGGAUUUCUAGUAUCUAACUACCUUAUGGACAAGGAUCUGGACAGUUGCACCUACCUGAAGAAGGUGUCGACAGAAGGCCACCUGUACAAUGGCUUCAACCUCAUCACAGCAGAGUUCAAAGCCAAACAAGACACAAUGUGUUACUAUGGAAACAGAGGCAGCACCGAACCCAUCUGUCUAAAACCAGGAAUCUAUGGUUUGAGUAAUUCCCUGCUGGAGAAGAAACUGCUGAAAGGCAAGCAUCACUUCACCAGCAUUGUCAAUGACCAGUCCCUGUCUUGUGAUAGACUGGUGCAAGAGCUUCUUGGUGUCCUCAGUAAUGAGGAAUUGAACACACCUGAUCCAAUUCAGGAGCAUCAGGGUGAUGGUUACACCAAGUCCAUGGUCCAGGCUCUGUCAGCAGUGUGCGUUCGCUCCCCUGAUUAUGGCACAAGGACCAACACCAUAAUACUGAUAGAUGCAGAAGAUAAUGUGACCUUCACAGAGCGUACCAUGCUUGACUGUGACACAAGCAAAUGGAGCACCAGUUCUUUCCAGUUCAAACUGCAGGAGUGAAGACAUAAAGGGAGGAAGCCCACUCUGUGCCUUUCUGCAUCACCUUUCCUUCCAUAACCGCUGCAUACCCUCUGCACAUUUUCCUCAGCCAAUCAGCACCAACUGCCUCAUUAACAACAGUGAUAUACAUGUAUUAUUCUUCAUUUAAGUUGAAAUAAAUAUUUUGGACAGGU